GUGACGUAAACCUGGGAGUUCCAUAUGUAAACACUGUAAACUUCCGGGUCACAUCAAUAUCGAAUCGUUUUAGAGAAGAUUUUUUUUAAUGGAAUCCAUUUUGUCAUUUUAUCACAUUCCGUAAUACAUGAGCCAGUCACUGACCUUGUAUCGUGUAUAGUAAUUUUACUAAAACUGAAUUUGACCACCUGAAUAAACACUAUAAAGAGAGAAAGCUUACUUAAUUUAUCAGUUCGGAGUUUCUAUAGAAUGGAAGGAAAAGUUUUUGCUUAUUAAACUGUGAUCCUUACAAAAGACAUGAGAAAAGAUGGACAAAAGGGUCCAAUGACAUUCGACGACAUAGCUCAGGAGCAUUUCACUCAACGAUUUACCCUCAACAAUGCUCAAACAAAAGCUAUGGAUUCAAAUAGUAUAACAUUAUGGCAGUUUCUUUUGGAAUUGUUAAUCAGUAAUCAACAUAGUCGGAUUAUUCAGUGGACAAAUAAUGAAGGUGAAUUUAAGCUUAUAAAUGCAGAAGAAGUUGCUAAACUAUGGGGAUUGCGGAAGAAUAAACAUAACAUGAAUUAUGACAAACUUAGUCGAGCACUAAGGUAUUAUUAUGACAAAAAUAUAAUUAAAAAAGUAAUGGGACAAAAAUUUGUGUACAAAUUUGUUUCAUUUCCAGAAAUAGUGAAGACAGAAAACAAAGUGCCAUUUAAAGUGAAGAUGGAAACAUUGGCACAAGAAUAUGGACAAAAAGUAUAUCCACAUUUUGCUUCGUAUAACCCCAUGGAAUUAAAAUCUUCAGCAAAUCAUGCAUUACAACCGAAUCAUACUCAAAACUUGUUAUGGAUUAAACAGGAAGAGCCCGAUACAACAGCACCUAGUCCCAUACCUCAUACUGUAAUGGAGGUCGGAAACACAAGUAUAUCAGAGACAAGGGUUCCAUCUUGUUCACCAUCGCCAUCACCUGUCAAUUUAUCAACAUCGAAAAGUGAUUCUGUGACACAUAAAAUGAAUGGAGGGAGUAAACUGUCAUUAGUUGUAAAUUCUUCUAAACCGAAACCGGUGCCCUUGUCAUUCAGUGAAAUUAACAGUAUGACAUCAUCAAUAUUUUCAUCAUCCUUAAGUGCUCUUAUACCUGCAAGUCCAAAAUUCGUUUCGCCAUUAGUGCAGCCUAGUCCAAUGAUUGGACCAAGAACUCCAUUUUUACAUUUCUGGAGUUCCCUUAGUCCAAUAACGACAAUGAGCCCAAGGGUUUGCUCUGCAUCUGCUUUCCAGUUUCCAACGUUCCCGGUGACUACAAUGACAUUAUCUCCGAUGGCAGCACCAUCUAAUUUUUCAAAUGUAGAAUCGUUGGCCACGCCAGCUUUGACUUCGCCUACAAGGACUAUGUCUUGUGUACUAUGACUAUAACUUUAUAUGUUGGUGUAAAUAACUUACAAUCCCCAAGUGCUAUUGAAAAUUUAUCACGCUAGAAAUGUUUUAUAUACUUUAUUCCUCUAAGGAUGUGACGCGCGUGUUUUAUGUUUUUAUACUUUAACAUUUGCUUUUUCUAUAUUCUAUUUUUUACACUGAUCAGAUUUCGAACAAGCAAAUCUAGUUAUUGAAAGUAUAUUUACAAUGUAUUUGUUAAGUAUAUAGGUAUUUUUUAGCGAAUUAAUUAAGUGCCUGGCUAAAACACAUGUAUCAAAAUAACUCAUUUCAGUCUUUUUCCGAUGUUCACAAGAGUCUUUCAGAUAGCUGUAUUCAUUACAUUGGUUGCAAUUAAUUAUUAUAUAACAAGUUAUAAAUUCUGUAAUUUUAAUUAUCUAGAGUCACAAAUAUUAUACAAUUAUUGCCUUCAUACAAGGUGAACAUUCCAAAUGUUAACUAGAGUUAAAAUUUCUCCAUAUCUGAAUUCCCCGAUUAUUCAUUCACUUUUAUUAUUAUAUUGACUGUUAAUGUAAAUAAAAAUUUAAUCCAAAAUGAACUACAUUGUAUUUCAAUGUAAAAAAAACAAAAUAAACUACAAUGAGUCAGUUGCAUUUAGGGAUAUUUUUUGUGUGAAAUUGAUACGAAAUAUCCCUGCUUUUAUAUUGAGUCAAUAUGAUCUAAUAUGAUAUAAGCUUUGAAAUAUUUCAAAGAAUUCAAAUACCUAAAAAAAGGUACCAGACAAAAAUAUUUCUUAAAAUUCAUGCUCUACGCUAUAUUGACAAUUUGGUCAAACAUUGAAUAUGUUUUAUCUUUUAAUUCUUGGCUUAGAAAUUUAGUUUUCUGCCUUGGAUAUUUUUUUCACAAGGCUUAAAUGUCUGGCUUUUAAAGCAGAAUUGCAAAAGUACUGCCAAAAUAGUAUUACUUUGAGAGCUUGCCAUUUAUGCUUAUAUGAUAGCCAAUGCCUUACCACAAAACAAGUUUGUUAAACGAUGUCUUCAUUAAAGAUGUUAAUGUAUUUAACAUUUCUUUUAUGGUAGGGCCUUGGCUGAUAUUUUAUUUUGCCUAAAACUAUGUAGAAAAUCUAUUUUAAGAAAAAAAUGUUUAUGAUUUUAAUUUGUUAAUGACAUUACACUGAUAUGAUAGCUGAAAAUUUUAUACUACAAGAGUUCAGAUUAGAUCAUCCUAUUUAUUUAUAGAUAAAACUAAAUGAAAUAAUUGAAUAUUUUUUUUAUUUUUUUUUCAAUUUCAGAUUAUGGCUCAUCAUGGUCUUCCUUCUUUCUUAUAUUUUUUCUCAAAAUCAUUUCACGCUGAAAAUACUCCCCUAACGUAGUGACCAUGUUCCAAUGACUGAAACCUUUUUCAUCAAAUAUCAUUUGCUUUAUCAACGCUCCGAUUACGGGUGACAAAUAAGGAUCAGACAGUUCAGUAGUUUGCGAAAUAUUAAUCUAACUCACUCUUAAUAGAUUGAGGGUAGGUGCUGCACAAUUAUACACAUACAAUCAAAACAGUUUUACUGGCUUAUUCAUUAAAUAACCAUUUGGACUCCAACGUCUAUGAUGUUGAAAAAAAUGCUAAUUAACUGCUGACCUUAAUCAUGAGAUCAUCUUACACGGACCAAAGUUCAGUGCAAACUGUUGUCAUGAUAUGACGCCAGUCGUGUCUAAAAUACAUUGCUCUUAAACUAUUGUGCUAAAAUUAAAAAAAAGUUAAUUGGAAUGAUUCAUUAUAUAUUCCAUAUUCUGAAUUCUUUUAGGCCAGUUUCAAAUUUUCAUCUAUGUGCAAUCAAAUUUUCCUCUAUGUGCAAUCACUUCCAGUUUCAAGCCUAAUAUAUCAUGUACUGUGUUACAACUCUAAAUUAUACUGACGAGGAAAGGUAACACUUGGCCAAAUAAGCUAAAUUUAAGGUUUAGUCUAGGUGGCCCAGUGGCCAAGAGCGUUACACCCAGUGUAGGUGGUGCUGUCUCUAUAUCCCUAUAGCAUGAGUCCCAACUCGAGGGAAGAACAAUGCAGUUCUAACAUUGUUUUUCUGAAAUUUAGAGCAAUUAUAUAUUUAUAUAUGAAAAAGCUUGAUGGUGUCAGUCUAGGAAAUUUUGACAAACAUUGCAUGUUGAUCAGUAGGCAUCAAAUUUCAUAUCUCUGACUGAAGGGACUUUAUAUAUUCACAUAUUAUAGUGGUUGCCUGCAAAGAUUCUAUAAUUAAUAUAUUGAUAUUGAUGGUUGCGUAAAUGACGAUUGUAAGUUCUACAUAAACCCAGAAAACCGUAUUGAAAUAUUCGAAAUCCAUUUAUGUUUUCGUCUCCAAAUUGUGUCAACAAACUUGCUACAGGAAUAAGAAAUAGGUGUUCCUACAUAAACAAGUGAUACAACUCUUUAUCUUGUCC